UUUUGGGAGUUAUCGUAUACGACGUUUAUUUAUAUUUCUGGCAAUUUGGAGGAAAAGUGGGCGACGGACAGCGAGCGGAUUGAGACAUCGAGGUUGGCUGGCGAGGAGUUCAAACUCCUUUUCUCUCUCUUCUGCUUCGCUUUAUUGCCGUUUGUCCUCCUUCCUCUUGUGUGGCGUCCACGAGAGUCCCUGCUGUUCGUCCGUGAAGCGAGGGAGAGAUUCACCAUGUCGACCUCCAUAGCACCAGUAGUUGACCAGGAAAAUUCCAUUGCUCAGCGAGGAGCAAAGAUGAAGACACAUGUAGGACUGGGAAUUCAGAGUGCACAAGGAGCAUCUCAAGGUCUGGCAGUUCAAAAUCAGAAGAAAUUCAGUCAAGCGUCUACCCUGUCUCACAUGAAGCCCCGUUCUUUUGGAGACAUCAGCAACCGGCUGGGUCAAGUGAGUGAAGGUGUUCCUGGCAGUUCAGUGAAGAAGAUGCAAAAGCUAGCUUGUCCUACCACACCCUUGCCACAGAUGAUCAAACCUAAAUCUGCUGCAAAUCUGGAGCCCGAAUUCUUCCCAGAAAUCGUGGAAAAGGAAGAUUACUCGGACAUCUUCCCAGCCUCCCUUAACUUGUCAGACCAGCACAUCAGCAAGCUCGUUCAAUUCUGGGAGGUGUGCAGACGACCCGAGAUGAGUGCACUCUCUUCUCGUCAGAUCCCCAAGUCACCCCCGAGGGCAUUCUCUCUCAUGUCCACUAUGAGAGAGCCCCGAAAAGAGGUCAACCUGGAACCAGUGAUGGGGGAUAUCUUUGACCUUCCUCCGUCGUGGGAAUAAACGAGGCCCAAUGCAAAUUACACGUGUUCAUCUUUUCUUAACGUGUUUUUUUCCCUUGUGGCGUCUUUUGAGUUCAUAAUAAAUGUAACAAAACUGAAGCCUUUUUACGUGUUUUCUCCUUUUUUUUUUUUUUUUUUCUUUUUUUUUUCUUUUUUUUUUUUUAAGGACUAGGCCAACUCCUUGGGGAAAAUGAAAGUAGAAGUGGUAUUUCCCGUUUGUUUUGCAUUUAUAAAUUGCAUUUUUCAUUAGUGUAUAUGUAUUUAUCUGUGAUACUCCUUUCCAAAACUUUUCCAUUAGUGUAAGUGCACUUGAAAUAUGUUAGUCAGGUGAAAGAAGGCUCUACAUUUCUGUGUGUAUUGUCUGUAUGGGAGUGUAAGCCAUGCAUUUUUUUAUAAUUUGUGUACCUUUUGGAAGAAAGGAUUUUUUUUUUUAAUCUACCAACGGCUUUUCCCCUUCUUAAUAAAGUCAACA